AUGCAGAGACCACCCCCAGAAGACUUUGCUUUGAAGGAGACCAAACCCCACCUCGGUGGGGGGAGGAUCUCUGGUGAUAAGCUCACGAGCACCUAUGACCUUGUUGAGCAGAUGCAGUAUCUCUAUGUCCGGGUUGUCAAGGCGAAGGACUUGCCUGCGAAAGAUGUUACUGGUAGUUGUGACCCUUAUGUUGAAGUUAGGCUUGGAAAUUAUAAGGGUGCCACUCGACAUUUCGAGAAGAAGUCGAAUCCGGAGUGGAACCAGGUUUUUGCAUUCUCGAAAGAUCGGAUUCAGGCUUCGGUUCUUGAGGUCAUUGUGAAGGACAAGGAUGUUGUGAAGGAUGAUUUCAUGGGUCGUGUUUCUUUUGACCUGAAUGAGAUUCCAAAACGGGUACCUCCUGAUAGUCCUCUAGCACCGCAAUGGUAUAGAUUGGAGGAUAGGAAGGGGGACAAGGUUAGGGGAGAGCUAAUGUUGGCUGUUUGGAUGGGCACCCAAGCAGAUGAAGCUUUUCCUGAAGCAUGGCAUUCAGAUGCUGCUACAGUUAGUGGGGCUGACAGUCUCUCAAAUAUUCGGUCAAAGGUGUAUCUCUCUCCUAAGCUUUGGUAUUUGAGGGUUAAUGUGAUUGAAGCUCAGGAUUUGCAACCGAGUGAUAAAGGUAGGUAUCCUGAAGUUUAUGUGAAGGCUAUCCUGGGAAAUCAGGCUUUGAGAACUAGGAUUUCUCCAAGCAGGAGUAUAAAUCCUAUGUGGAAUGAAGAUUUAAUGUUCGUAGCAUCAGAACCAUUUGAGGAGCCCCUGAUUUUGAGUGUGGAGGACAGAGUAGCACCUAAUAAAGAUGAAGUUCUAGGAAGGUGUGCAAUUCCCCUGCAGUAUGUGAACCGAAGGUAUGAUCAUAAACCUGUGAACACUAGUUGGCACAAUCUUGAGAAACAUGUUAUUGUAGAAGGGGAAAAGAAGAAAGAAAUUAAGUUUGCAAGCAGAAUUCAUAUGAGGAUCUGUCUGGAAGGUGGUUACCAUGUCCUUGAUGAAUCAACACACUAUAGUAGUGAUCUUCGACCAACAGCAAAACCGCUGUGGAAGUCCAGCAUUGGGGUUCUUGAAGUGGGAAUUCUGAAUGCUCAGGGGUUGAUGCCAAUGAAGACGAAAGAUGGGAGGGGUACAACAGAUGCUUAUUGUGUGGCGAAAUACGGGCAGAAGUGGGUUCGAACAAGAACCAUUAUUGAUAGCUUUACUCCCAGGUGGAAUGAGCAAUAUACAUGGGAGGUUUUUGAUCCUUGUACUGUCAUAACUAUUGGGGUAUUUGAUAACUGUCAUUUGCAUGGGGGAGAUAAGGCUGGAGGGGCCAGGGAUGCAAGAAUUGGGAAGGUAAGGAUUCGUCUCUCCACCCUUGAAACUGAUCGGGUGUACACACACUCGUACCCACUUUUAGUUCUGCACCCAAAUGGUGUAAAGAAGAUGGGUGAAAUUCAUAUGGCUGUGAGGUUCACUUGCUCUUCUUUGCUUAACAUGAUGCACAUGUACUCCCAGCCACUGUUGCCAAAAAUGCACUAUAUUCAUCCAUUAACUGUAAGCCAGCUCGAUAGCUUGAGGCACCAGGCCACUCAGAUUGUAUCAAUGAGGCUGAGCCGUGCUGAACCACCACUGAGGAAAGAAGUGGUAGAGUAUAUGCUGGAUGUGGGCUCUCACAUGUGGAGUAUGCGAAGAAGCAAAGCUAACUUUUUCAGGAUUAUGAAUGUUUUGGGUGGGGUAAUUGCUGUUGGAAAAUGGUUUGAUCAGAUCUGUACUUGGAAAAACCCCAUUACAACUGUACUCAUCCACAUCUUGUUUAUAAUUCUGGUCAUGUACCCAGAGCUCAUAUUACCUACAAUUUUCCUCUACCUCUUCUUGAUUGGAGUUUGGUAUUAUAGAUGGAGACCAAGGCAUCCUCCUCACAUGGACACUCGUCUGUCUCAUGCAGAUUCUGCACAUCCUGAUGAACUUGAUGAAGAAUUUGAUACAUUCCCUACUUCACGGCCUUCUGACAUAGUAAGGAUGAGAUAUGAUAGGUUGAGGAGUAUUGCUGGGAGAAUCCAGACAGUGGUUGGUGACUUGGCUACUCAAGGGGAGAGACUGCAAUCUUUGCUAAGUUGGAGAGACCCGAGAGCAACAUCACUGUUUGUGCUUUUCUGUCUGAUUGCUGCCAUUGUUUUGUAUGUUACACCAUUCCAGGUUGUGGCUCUUCUCGCUGGAUUCUAUGUGUUGAGGCACCCAAGAUUCCGUCAUAAGCUUCCUUCUGUGCCGCUGAAUUUCUUCAGGAGGUUGCCGGCUAGAACUGACUGCAUGUUGUGA